AUGAGGGGAGAUCAGGCCGGACUCCAGAGGAAGACGUAUCAUGGAGGUGGCGUCGAGACGGGAGCUAUCAGUACUCAACACAAGUUCGACGUCAACAUUCCGCAGGCCUGGCUACAGAGAGACGAUCCCGGAUGUCUCUCUAGCCAACAAACACCUUAUGACAAGAGUUGCAGGCUUGCAGGUGAUCGAAGAUUAUACCGGAAGCGAUCAUCAGCUACGCCGUUUAGCACAACGAGCGAAGAAAUGCGACCACGACACUGCUCCUUUGGACGCAGACUAUCAAGCAGCCGAGAAAGCCCUGAAGAGGACCAUCAAGGCCAGUCAACGACGGACUGGAAGGAACUGUGCCUGGAUGUCGACCAGAAUCUGUGGGGAUUAGGGUACCUCAUCGUCACUCGCAAGCUGGGGACUAACACGCAAGGGAACCCUCAGGACGCAAGGACGUUGGAUCAGAUCGUGCAUACUCUAUUCCCCUCACAGCCGAAGAGAGAGAUCAGCUUGGAUGCACCCGGCAUAAUCGAGGUACCGCAAUUCACGGAAGAAGAGCUACUCAGGGCCGCAUCUUCUAUGCGGAACGAGAAAGCACCAGGUCCAGUCGGACUUCCAGCAGAAAUAAUUAAAGUCGUCGCGCAAAGUCACCCUGAGCUAUUGCAGAACAUCAAGGGUAAGGGUCCAGUAGGGGCAGCUUCAUCAUACAGGCCUAUUUGUAUGCUCGAUACGGCUGGAAAACUCCUGGAGAAGCUGCUAAUGCCAAGGCUGCACGCAGCCGUAAAGGCAGCGGGAGAUCUUGCCGGCCGCCAGUACGGAUUCCGAUCCGGCCUCUCCACCAUCCACGCAGUACAGGAGGUAGUCACGGCCUCUAAAAUGAUGGAGCGAAGCAAUUAUCGAACUGGACCUCUGUGCCUGCUGGCCACCUUAGACGUGAGAAAUGCCUUCAACUCCGUCAAGUGGGAACUGGCAAGGAAAGCGCUCGAACGUAACUUCGGCGUCCCAAAUUGUCAUUACCGCAAGAGACACGGAGGGGGCACAGUUGCUGCUCCAUCAGGUCAUGUGGAGAGUUUCUUCCUGGAUGGAAGCCACGGGCUAUUUCUAGCAGUCCAGGAGACGGAGGUCGUGCCACUUACGGGGAAGCGCAUCAACACCUUGCGCAGCUUCAUUGUAGGAGACGCGGCGGUCCAGACUAAUUCGGAUGUCAAAUAUCUUGGGGUUAUGCUUGACAACAAGCUUAACUAUGGAAAGCACAUUAUCAGGGCAGACGACAAGGCGGCAAAAGUAGUAGCCUCACUGGGCAAGCUCAUGGCCAAUGUCAACGGUCCCCGUCCGAGCAUGAGAAGACUAUUGAUGCGUGCCGCCGAAGCAGUGACGCUGUAA